UUCGUCGCUUCGUUUUGGUUUCGACAUCCAACGCUUAGCGACUUGGCGGCUUGGCAACAUUUGGCGACAUCGGAAGGUUCACCGCAAUGGGCUCCUCUUCCGCCUCGAUGUCACGUCGGCAAGAGGCUGAGCCCACUCCGCCGCAAAAGCUGCAGCCAGAAGCAGACGCAUCGCACGGCGCUGACGGACAAGACGGCCAGACUCUCACAGCUGAGAUCCUGCAACUGGCCAAGGAAAGAACUCUGCACAGCCUGCACAGCUCUCCGAAAGCAUCUGAUGGCCCCGACUUCCUUGGAGAGCUGGAUUGCAUGCAGUGUGAAAGCUUGUUGUUUGAACCCACAACAUUGGAAGAUGGCCUCACAGUAUGUCGCCCCUGCGUGAAAAAGCGGCGACUGGCACAAGCUCUACCUGAGCCUGAAAACAAGGAGAAGCUUGGCUUUGGAAGCGCGGCCAACGUGAUCUUGAGUGACUUGUUGGGCCGCUGCCCCCCUGCGUUGGCCGAGGCUGCUCAGGCACGACAGCAAGGCAAUCGGCUCUUCGGCGAAGGUAAGUAUGCUGAGGCGUCCGAGGCCUAUUCCGAAGCUAUGGCCAGUUCCCCGGAUAUCGUUGUGCUUUGCAAUCGCUCACUUGCACGAUUGAAGCUGGAAGACAGUACAGGUGCGGUGGCAGAUGCACAGAUGGCUUUGGCAGGAGCGCUACGCCGCUCUGGAAGUGCCAUGUUGGCCAAGGCUUGGCUACGUUUGGGGCAAGCCUUGAAGCAGGAAGGACAGAUGGCUCUAGCCACCUUUGCACUUGCUCGAGCAGGUGCCGAGGAUGGGCUCCAAGAGCUUUGUUCUUCGAUGUGCAGGACUGAGCUGGAGAAGGUAAAGAAAUGGCUGGAAGAUGGCAGAUGUCCUCCCAUUGAGGAGGGGCUCCCGGAGUUCAUGGAGACUGGAGCAUCAAAGUUUAACUUUCACAAUGACCAGGAAUGGCUGAGGAAUCACUUGGAAUGUCCACUGUGUUUGGGUUUGCUUUGGGAGCCAUCCUCCAUUCCAUGUGGCCACACCUUGUGCCGUCCCUGCCUGGCUCGCACUUUGGAUCACGCCUUCGACACGGCACCCAGCUGCCCCAUGUGUCGGGCAGAUCUAUCAGGAUAUUUGGCUUGGCUUAAUGCUGGCACCUGGAAGGCGAAUGGAGCAUUAGUCCAUGGUGGAACACAGAUACCAGUGAACCGGAAGAUCUCUGCAAUCAUUCAACGGCACUUCCCGGAAGAGAACAGCGAGCGUACUGCCCAGAUUGCUCAGGCUGAGGCUGAGGCGGCCGGAAGCCCUGAUGCACCUGUGGUUCCAAUCUUCAUUUGCUCAAUGGCUAUGCCAGCAGUUGCAUGCCCCUUGCACAUUUUCGAGCCACGCUACAGGCUGAUGAUGCGUCGUUGCAUCGACUCUGGGCAGCGGCAGUUCGGCAUGUGCCUUUUCCCAGGUGCUCAGUAUGGUACGAUGCUUCAUAUCCAGAGCUUUAAACAGUUGCCAGAUGGUCGCUCGCAGAUCAAAACCAUAGGCACUCGCCGGUUCCAGGUGUUGGAGUGGGGCGAGAAAGAUGGCUAUGCAACAGGUCGUGUGCAAUGGCUCCAGGAUGCUGAAGCGACGAGCGAUGAGGUCUCAGCAAAGGCAAAGCGCCUCCGAAAGGCUGUGGAAGGCCUCUUGAAGAAGGUCGCUGCGCAGGAUCAAGCCAGAUUGGAAGCACAGUUGGGGCCCAUGCCUGACAUCGAUGGUUCUGAUGGGCCUAGCUGCCCAGCCUUCGUUUUCUGGUGCAUGGGUCUGGCAGAUCUGCCUCCACGCAUUUGUUACGAGCUUUGCUUCGGUGAGACCUUCCGAGAAGAUCCUGAGAAGCGGUUAACAACCAUCCUCGAGAUCUACGAAAAAAAGAUGCAAGCCAGAAGUGAAGAGCACGAGGAAAAGACCGACCCUGAGUAGUGUUCAGGCGCGUGGGCAUUCUUGUGCGGCUUGAAUUAAAAGGCUGCAUUAAUCACACUUGCAGAUGCGCUGCAAGAUUUCAGGGGAAACACUCUCUUUUGUCGUGCUCUCUGUAGGAAGGCCAGAUACACUCUUCCAGAUAUAAGUGUCCCGGGGUGCAUUUGGGACUGGUCCCUAACAUGUUCAGCUCUGGUGCGGUAUUUCCUGGGGAAUAACCGGACAACAGGUUUCAUAAUGAUUUUGACAAUGACCAAACAUGCAUUGAACAACUCUACAUGCCGAUUUUCC